AUGAGGGACGGCUGGUUUGACGAGAACCUGGAAACAUUUGUAAAGACGAUGAGGGACUACAAGACAAUGUCACCAUACUGUACCGACGCAAUGGACAUUUCGAUUGGUGUAAUGCCAAAUAGACCGCACAAAGUGCUGGACUUGGGCUGUGGGGCUGGAGCCCUAUCUAUUCAGGCUGCCUCAAGAUUGGCUCCCAUUGGUGGUUCGGUCACCAGCAUUGACAGCUCCCGUCGAAUGUUGGAGCUGCUAGAAUUGGAGCGCUCAAGCAUGAAACUGGAGAACCUGGACACUGUACUAAUGGAUGGAGAGUUCUUACAAUUCGAGCACGACACAUUCACAAUUGUAUAUUCGGCAUUCAGUUUGGUCUUCUUCUCUGACCGCGAGAAGAUUGUUAAGGAGAUGUUGCGAGUGCUGACGCCUGGCGGCAAGUGUGUCAUCACUUCAUUCCCCUACAACAACGAGGUAUUCAAUAUAUUUGAAGAGGCCAUUUUCCGUUUGACCAAGAUACAUCCAUCCGAGACCAUUCGUCAAGUGGUGUCGCUAGGCGAUGGCAUUGACAUCAAGAGAAUGAUGAGAGACUGUGGAUUCACGAAUGCAACAGUACAUACAACAUCACAUCAGUGGCUGAUGCCUAUUGAUGUAUUUCUCAACUUCUUCCGAUUCAACCCAAUAUUCAAGACAUUCCAAUCAUAUCUACCAGAGUGCUACCAAUCCAACUUUGUAACAAUGUGUCGCGAGAUCAUUGAAGAGAUAUUCCCCGAUGGAACACUAGACCUCAAGAUCACAUGUGUAAUUGGACUUGGAGAGAAACCAAAAACAAAUGGUCAGGUAGCACUCAAUCCCCAUUCCUAA